GCUUCCGUUCUGGUAAUUAACCAACAAAAAGCUAUAAAAUGCGUUUACAAAUUUAAACCCACAGAGCGGAAGGUACCUCACCAAAAACAUAAACCCCGAAGGAGACCUGAGGGGAACUUUACCCUCCAUUCGUCGGUUUACUGUUGAGCCGUAAUGGCCGCCAACCCUCCCGGACAGGGCUUCCAGAACAAAACCCGAGUGGCCAUCCUGGCGGAGCUGGACAAGGAGAAGCGGCGGCUGCUGCAGGGCCAGUCCUUGAACUGUCCCGGCGCCAACAUCCCGCUGUCAGGCCGGAGCAGCCUGAAGGAGGCGAGGGACAGCGCGGAGCAGCAGCACAUCGCCGCCCAGCAGAAGGCCGCCCUGCAGCACGCGCACGUCCACUCCUCCGGCUUCUUCAUCACCCAGGACUCCUCGUUCGGGAACCUCAUCCUCCCGGUGCUUCCCCGACUGGAGCCCGACCUCUGACCCAGCAGCACAGCCGCUGCGGGAGGUCCGACUCGAACUCACAAAGAGCCUUUGGUCACUUUUUAAUUUUUUUUUAUUUCGAGAUAGAAACGUAAGGAAGUUAUUUCUGGGUCAGAAUGUUGAAACCUUCAGGGGAAGAAGUGCUUCUCAACUCCAAUCCUCAGCCCUCACCCUGCUCUGCAUGUUUCAGAUGUGCCUCUAUUCCACAACAGCUGAUCCAAAUGAUGGCAUUACCUCUUCUGCAGGCAUCAAGUACUGCAGAAGCCUGUUAAUCCCCCAUAGAUCAAUCCAGGUGUGUGGCAGCAGGGAACCACUGAAGCAUGCAGGGCAGGACAGGAGGAGCAGGAUUGAGGUCUACGCUGUGUUUACUUUCUGUUUUCACUGCAAGCAGAAGACCAGGUGUACAUUUUUUUUGAGUGAGCUAUUGGACCACAGCUUGCUGUCAGAACAGUGUUUACAGUUUAUGGCUCUCUGCCAGGGCGCCCCUCAGUCAGAGGGCGUAAGAUCACUUGGAGGAGAAAAGGUGGUCCGACAGAUUCAUCUCUGAGGACUGUUGUUUUUUUUGUCCAUUCUAGUUAUCAUAGAUUAGAUGGCCUCCACCCGCCUUAUGUUAUGCAGCGUAUGGACUGUAAGGAGAAAAAAAAUGGCUGCAAUAUUUUUUUUUCUUUUUUAAUAAACAUCUAUCUACCAAUCUGUCCCUACCAGA